UGUGUUGGUGUUUUGUUUGAUCCUUUUUUAUUUUGUUGUUGAUUUUGAGAAAUUUGUUUUAUUUGUUUUAUUAAUUGCAGUAGUAACGUCCCUAAAAAUAUACAAGAAUCUGAUGGUUUUGUUCUUUUUCUAUUUUAUGGCUGUUAGUUUGGUAAUUUGUGUUAUGGUUAAGCAUGUGGUUUAGCCUCUGUAGUACUGCACCGACACCUCUGAAAAAAUGUGUGUAAUGUUGAACCCCGACACUGGCGUGAUAUUGACACUUGCGAUUACGUUCAAUUUAUUAUAUUUUUUCAAAUUAUUACUGGUGUUGACGUGUCAGUGUUGGUGUCCUUGUGCUUCGAAGGGUUUAGCUUAUGGUUAUUUUUUGAUUAUGGUGUGUUCUACAAUUUUUGAUUUGGAAGAAAGUUCAUGUUACCUGUUUUGAUUCAUUCACAUUGGUUAUAGCUUCGGCUUUUAUGCGAUUUUCUUUGUUGCAUUGCAUGACAUGAAUUUCCUUUUCGAUCCAUUUUAAAUGUAUUAGGGAUUAGGGGCGGAUCCUCGACUAUUGUGAGAAAUGAGAACACGUAGUUAGAAUCGUCGGAUUAAAAUUAACGGCUAUGAUUGUUAUAUUUUUAUUUAAAAGAGGCACGUGACCGAACUCAAUUUGUUCCUCUCAUAUGAACUGUCUGCGUGCUGCUCUCCCUCGCACUCGUUGCGACAGGGAGCAGCAUUUGAAGGCUAUGUGGAAGAACUUCAAUCGAAAGGUAGGUUUCAAGAUCGGGUAAUCGACAAUAAAGAUGUUUAUGUGAAUCUGCCACAUAAUCCGCCACUUUUGACUUCCUGUGUAUACGGAUAAGAUAUAGCAAAGAUACAGACAAGAUUCUGACGGAAACAUUUGAAAUUAGAGAGCUAUUUCCCCAAAAAAAAUGGACUGUUGUUACUUAAUGCAUUGGGUUUGGUUCCUGCCUUGAAAAAAGACACAUUUAGGAGGGUAUUUAGGAAUAGCCUAUUUGAUGAUAGUUACUGCGACGGUGGAGAGGAAGAAAAAUACGAUUCAUAGGGGAGGAAGAAGAUGAAUUCACAUGCCUUUUUUUAUUUAAAAAUGGCUCCUUGGAAUUGGCAAAGGCAGGACGAUUACAGUCUCCAAAGGUCGUCAAAUUUUGACAUUUCGCAAGAGCUGUGGAAUCAAGUUCCUAGAAAUGAAGAUCUUCCUAUCGUGCUCGAUGAUGAAACAACCCCUGUGAAGGCUUGUGGGGAUUUUGCAUAUAAUGUCAAUAAUGGUGAAUCAAAUGAUAUUCAAAAGGAAGAGGUGGAAUGUUCGGAGACUUGUUCACAAGCCAAGAGACGGAGGAUGCUGCAGUUCAACAAUCAGAACGGGAAUCAUUCCCUUACUGAUGAACAAAUGUCUUCAGCAUAUUUGGAAUUAAAUGGAACGGGCGACUCCAAUAUGGAUAUUUUUCCGGAAGUGUCACAAUGGCUAUCUGACGUUUCAGACACUGCUUGUGCUCCCAAUUACGAGGAUUUACAGUCAGCUGAAAGGUGGCUUGCAGAUUGCUUCAAAGAUACGGAUAUGCAAAUAUGUCCUGUGAAUCCGAAUUUUUCUGCAGCAAAUAAUGUUCAAGCUGAUGUUACUGGGCUCUCCAACUUAACACCACCACCAGUUGAGCAGAAUGUGGUUCAGCAUCAAACACCAAGAAAAAUUGUCUUCAAAGGUCGAAAAUCUAUUAUGCAAACACCGACAAAGUUAGCUUCUACUGUGGCCUAUCCAUUUGCCUUCAUCAAACCCUGCAGUGUCCAUGGAGAUGUCACUCUGAAUGAAAUAAAUAAGCGCAUACAAUCUCCACCUCCUUCAAAAUCAAAGCAUAUCAAGGAAGAUCCUAUAGUUUACCCGAAAUCGGCUUUUUCCGGUAAGCCUGUAGUUGGAAAGACAAAGAUUCGCACUGAAGGGGGAAAAGGUAGCAUCACAAUUAUGAGAACUAGAGGCUAGGUAAAUGGCUUAGUACUAGCUUCUGUCUUUCCCCAUUUCCUUAUGGGGUUGACUUUAUUUCAUGUAAACUACCAGAUUUCAGAUCCUUCAUACCCUGUUUAAGGCUGUUUUCACUACUAUCGAAACUGUGUAGUGUUCCGAGGCCAUUUUUGUUGAAGCUACUUUACUGCUCCUAUUACUCGACGCAGUUUAAUUGCUCCGUUUUUUCACAUAAAUUGAAAGUCAAACGACACUUUAAA